ACUUGCAGUUCAGGAACAACUCAGUGCGAGAAGAGUCGCUUCAGUAGUCAGUUCAGUUCAGUUCGUCGCACCAGCUUACAUACAGUUCAGUACAAGUACGACCACCGUACGAAGAGGUCGUGUUGCCUUGUGUUGUCGUUUUGAACACGGUCGAUCUUGCACUCUAGAUUUAGCAUCUUGUUUACACUGUUCUGUGAAAUAAAAUUUGUAUUAUUACUAUAUUAUUUACAGUUUAUCUUGUAAUGACAGAAAUGUGUGGCACUAACAUAAUUGUUAUUGUAUUGCUCUGUGUGGUUCUAUCGCCUUCUUCAGCAAUAGAUGGAGAAGAUAAGCUGAUAAAACACAAAAAUGUUCCUGCAUCUCCCUUGGUAUUUCCCAGUAAAUCUGCUCCCUCGACACCUAUUCUUGAAGGAGACAACCCGGCCCAGAGCAAUCUUCCUCCCAAGGUUUUCCCGUCAGCAUCCCCGGAACACAACACAUCAGGGCCUCCUAUCCUGAGUGGAACAGUUGAUGAAAUAUCGGAGAUCAAGACCCACCAUGAUCUCCUAGUUAAUGCGACCCAGAAAGUCGAAAGUACAACAAAGUUCACUGGAGAACAAGCGGAUAUGUUACACAACAAAUACACAGGAGGACUAGAUGUGGACGAGAUAUGGAAUACUACAAAGAAACCGAACGAGAAAGAAGAGAAAAAGCCAUCCGAGAAAGAAGAGAAAAAGCCAUCUGAGAAAGACGAAAAGAAACCUACUUUUGUGAAGAAAGAUCCAAAGAGUGAGGUAGAAGUAGAUCCAGUCUUUGAUAAGAAAGGGCCUAAGAUGAUGAAUGAGACGAAGACGAAACCAGCUGAUUCAGUGCUGACUAGCACAUCCAAGAUGAUGGCAAUGUCAUCGUCAGUGCUGUCAACUACACAAAAGAAACAUCAUGGUCUCAUCGAGCCAGCCAAGACUGUGGCGACAGUUUUGCUCAGCGUAGUGGUAGUCCUGUGUCUAGGAUUCAUAGGACUAUUGAUCUGGAAGAGGAUUGCUAUGAGGAGGUUUGGUCGAGAUGUGCUGAUAAAUGAAGAUGAUUUUGAUGAAGUCUCCGACAUGCACACAUUCGAACGGGCUCAGAUCCAGAUCACGUAACUCUCAAAGCAGCUCGCAGACCACAAGACACAACUUCUAACUUCCCUGACAAGUGCACUGAAAUGCUCUCUAAGAAUUAUUUCACAGAGCUAAUACUAUAUCAAAUUUGCAUUUGAAAUUUCAAUUGGACCAAGUAAAAGGUGAAUUUUUCAUUCAUAUCUAAGUAUUCACACAAGGUGUUUUAUUACUGUCAUUUAUAUACAACUUAGUAGAUUACAAUAUCAUUGGUCAACGCUA